AUGAAAUACUUGCAGAUCUCAUCCUGCACUGUUGGCGCAGUUGGUCUUCUCUGCAAAGCCUUCCUCCGAUGGGGAUGCAAAGAGGUCAAAGUAGAAGGACUGGACGUACUCGUCAAGGCUCUGGAGGACAAGAGUCGUAGGGACAAUGGCACGGGCAUAUUAACAGUCUGUAAUCAUAUAUCAGUGCUGGAUGAUCCUCUCAUCUGGGGUGUCAUGCCUACGUAUACCUACUUUGACCCCAACCUAAGUCGUUGGACCUUGGGAGCCUCUGAUAUAAUCUUUACCAAUCCCCUUUUCGGCGUCUUCUUCCGUACAGGUCAGGUAUUUGAGACCUUUCGGGGAGGGGGGAUAUAUCAGACGGCGGUGGACGACGCCAUUAGGACGUUGGAUGAUGGCAGAUGGAUUCACAUCUAUCCCGAAGGAAAAAUAAAUCAGCCAUGCUAUAACCCAGCAGGGGGAUUGUUCCCCUUCAAAUGGGGAAUGGGAAGAAUGAUCAUGGAAGCGAAGUCAAUGCCGAUCAUAAUUCCAAUGUGGAUUACCGGGACUGAUCAAGUAAUGCCUGAGCCGCGUUAUUUUCCGAACAAGUUCCCUGUUCCAGGGAAUCGCCUAUCGAUUACGUUCUCACAUGACCCGAAGUUAAACGAUGCUGUUGGUGACAUCCGAGCACAAUGGCUUGCUCGAGGACGACCAGAAGCCGAAACAGCCAACACCAGGAGCCGAGUCACUGCGAGGAUAAAGGACUCCGUACAAGCUCUACGUAAUCGAAUUCAAGCCGCUUCUUCAACACGAUAGUGCCUAUAUUCUCUGCAAGUCUUUGAGAGAGCUCUCGCAGAGAUGACACCGAAUUUGUCAACCGCACCGACGCAUGGGUCUGUUGCAGUCCUUGGACAGAAACUGUGCAACAAUCGUGCUUCUUCCAGCAAGCCUUUGUCCGCACGGCUAAGAAGGACUUGAUAGUCUGAUGAAGCGCAUCU